GUGGCUCCCGCGCUCCCGGCGAGGCUCAGGCGCCGAGCGCGCGGACGGGCGCACGACAGACGGCCCCGUGAAGCCUCGGCCCGCGCCUCCCGGGCGGGCUAUGUUGAUUGUCCCGCCAGGGCCGGCCCGCGGGAUCAGCACAGCCCGGCCCGCGGCCCCGGCGGCCAGCGGGGACUAUGAAUCGGAAAGCGCGGCGCUGCCUGGGCCACCUCUUUCUCAGCCUGGGCAUGGUCUACCUCCGGAUCGGUGGCUUCUCCUCGGUGGUAGCUCUGGGCGCGAGCAUCAUCUGUAACAAGAUCCCAGGCCUGGCUCCCAGACAGCGGGCGAUCUGCCAGAGCCGGCCCGACGCCAUCAUCGUCAUAGGAGAAGGCUCGCAAAUGGGCCUGGACGAGUGUCAGUUUCAGUUCCGCAAUGGCCGCUGGAACUGCUCGGCGCUGGGGGAGCGCACCGUCUUCGGAAAGGAGCUCAAAGUGGGUAUGUGCUCACCCAGACACCCCAAGCGGGGUCUCAUAAACUAUGGGGAGACCAAAAUGCCUCGGGAGUGCUCUGGGACCCCGUCCUCUGCCGCGGGCUGGAACGCCCUAGAUACGGGAUCGUGCAG